GAGGACCCCGGGCGCGGAUUGGAUGGCCGCGGGCCUGCCAGUCAUGCCAGGAGAAGGCGGGUCCUCCACAGGGUUGGGUCGGCGGCGGCGGUUUCCCUUUGCUUCCUUUCCGGGGUUGGCUGUGUGAGCCGGGGGAAGAUCGAGGCCUGGUGGAGCUGCAGGAGGCGAGCGGGACACGCCGCCCCCCAUUCACUCCAGGGACUCGCUCUUGCGCCUACGGAGGAAGGGAAGAAGGAAGAUGGACACGCUGGGCAGGAAAGUGGUCGUCUGCGACAACGGCACCGGGUUUGUGAAAUGUGGAUAUGCAGGAUCCAAUUUUCCAGAACACAUCUUCCCAGCUUUGGUUGGGAGACCAAUUAUUCGAUCAACUACGAAAGUGGGAAACAUUGAAAUCAAGAAUAACAAAAAGAUGGAUCUUAUGGUUGGCGAUGAAGCAAGUGAACUACGGUCAAUGUUGGAAGUUAACUAUCCCAUGGAAAAUGGCAUUGUCCGGAACUGGGAUGAUAUGAAACAUCUUUGGGACUACACCUUUGGACCAGAAAAACUUAAUAUUGAUACCAAAAACUGUAAAAUACUGCUCACAGAACCUCCCAUGAACCCAACAAAGAACAGGGAAAAGAUUGUGGAGGUAAUGUUUGAAACAUAUCAAUUUUCUGGGGUCUAUGUAGCCAUUCAAGCAGUUCUUACUCUGUAUGCACAAGGUCUACUGACUGGCGUUGUUGUGGAUUCUGGAGAUGGUGUUACUCACAUUUGUCCAGUCUAUGAAGGUUUUUCUCUUCCUCAUCUCACCAGAAGACUAGAUAUUGCUGGUAGGGAUAUUACCAGAUACCUCAUCAAGCUGCUCUUACUGCGAGGCUAUGCCUUCAACCAUUCUGCUGAUUUUGAGACUGUUCGCAUGAUUAAAGAAAAGCUCUGCUACGUGGGCUACAACAUUGAACAGGAGCAGAAAUUGGCCUUGGAAACUACUGUGCUAGUUGAGUCCUACACACUCCCAGAUGGCCGAAUUAUUAAAGUUGGUGGUGAGCGAUUUGAGGCACCAGAAGCUCUGUUUCAGCCUCACUUGAUCAAUGUGGAGGGGGUUGGUGUUGCUGAGCUGCUGUUCAAUACCAUCCAAGCUGCUGAUAUUGACACCAGGUCCGAGUUCUAUAAGCACAUUGUGUUGUCUGGAGGUUCCACUAUGUACCCUGGGCUUCCUUCACGUCUGGAACGUGAACUAAAACAGCUUUACCUAGAACGGGUCCUGAAAGGUGAUGUGGAAAAACUUUCAAAAUUUAAGAUUCGUAUUGAAGAUCCACCUCGUCGAAAGCACAUGGUGUUCCUAGGUGGUGCAGUUCUAGCAGACAUAAUGAAAGACAAAGACAACUUCUGGAUGACCAGACAAGAAUACCAAGAGAAGGGCGUGCGUGUGCUUGAGAAGCUUGGUGUGACUGUUCGAUAAAUUCAGAAGCUUAUUCCCACCACAGCUCUAGUGCUUGCAUUUCUUUAUUGCCAAUCUUUGAACGCAUUCAGCUACAUGACAUGUAAAGGCCUGUCUGUGCCCUCUUGACCCAAAGGCCAGGGUUUGUUCUGGUUCCUUUUGUUAGAUAUUUGAUAAUGUGGCUAUAUUUGAUUACUUAAUUGGACCACUUCUCUGCAAACAAAACAAGAGCAAGAGUGGCCUGUCUGCUGCAUUGUUCCUUCCCAGUAGGCAGUUGAGUAAUUCCAGUAUGCUCUUUCUUCUGGGUUUAUUGCUAUAAUGCUGUCAGCUUUUGUCUGUAGCUCACCAGGGUGGAAUCCCUUUCUUAGCAUGAAAGAAAUCCUUGGACAACAGCUCUUUUCUAUCAUGUGGUUGUUGCAAUUUAUCUUUGCAUCCUUCUGCCUUCAUCCUAUACUGUUUUUGUAUCUUGUUUAGGAACUCUGAAAGUAAGUCAGACUGCCAGCACAUUUUAAAAUGUGAUCCCAGAAUAUUUUGGGUGCCAUAGAUAUAAGGUUUCUGAAAUUCCAUAACAUGGAAAUUGGCUGUGUACCCCUGAACCUAGAUUGCAAAGCUGAGGAGGAAACUUUUGUAUUGUAUUUCCAAAACAGCAGUAGUUUAAGCAGCGGCUGCUACAAAAUAAUUAUAUGAAACUUCUUGCAUUGGCACUAGAAAACUUCUUCUCCUGUAAAAAUACCUACAGUUGACUUCCUCUGCCAAUAUCUUUUCUCUUAUUUUUGGUACUAUGUCUUUCAUUACCAUUAAAUUUAAAGGUUUUUUUUAAAAAAUAGGAAACAUUAGUAUGUUAUCUGGGACUGGAUUCCCUGGAUAUAAUCUAUUGAAAAUAAUAUGUACAAAAAAACAGUCUGUGAACUUUAAUUACUGGUACAAUAUUACAAAAUAAUGGAAUUGUAUUAAAUUUUGAACACACAGCAA